AUGUCGACCUCGACGAGCUUACGGGACCACCUCCUGUCCCAGCUCUCCGCGCUGCCCAACGCACAAAAGCUCAAAGUAGUGGCGCUCACUUCUUCGCCAACCCGCACCUCCACUCUGUUCCCACACACCAUCACCCACCCUCGAUGCUUCCAGGUCGACUACUUUGUCGUCCUCGGCACAGAAGUGGAAGACUCUCCACCUUAUCCUGAAUCAUCUACAACACCCUCCCCCCGGCUGGUCCUGACCUCCGCCAUCUCCGCACACCUCUACAUCCUCCCGCACUCCCAAACCUCCAUCCUCUACAUAUCCAAGGUCGACUCGUCCGCCUUCCCCCUUGUCUCUCCCAACUCCACAUCUCUCCCCUCCCCCUCACCCGAACACUCAUCACCGCCUUCCUAUCCUACUUUCUCCUCCCCUCUACCCGCCCCACCCCGUUCGUCCGAGUCCACCUCUUCGCGCGAACCCAAUAUAUCCGGCGCGCGGCUCUGCGGGUGGUGGAAGGGCGUCUAUGAGGCCGUUGCGGAGGUGUUGGUCGAUCAGGGACGGAUGGAGCCGGGGGAGGUGUACCUGGCGUACUAUCUCCCGCCGAAUAGCGCUUAUGAGGCGAGUGCGUUUGUGGGGGCGCCGAGGAGACCGCUCCCCGUGGGUUUGGGGUGGAAGUAUGAGCCGCCGUUCGCGACUCGGUUUUUGGAUGAGGUGGCGCAUGAGAAGGCGGAGGGAGGUGGGGACGGCGUGGACGGUGAAUCGGGGAAUGGGGCGGAGGCAGGGGGAGGGGGCGCAGGGGCAGCAGGGAAAGUAAAAGGGAAUGGAGAAGCCAGAGGUGCGAAGCGAGACGAGAAGAGAGAAGAACAGGCGGAAGUGGAGAAGAAUCACUCGACAGCCGCCCCUUCCGCCUCGGAACCAUCACAUCCCUCCCAUCCUCUGAAGCCUGCCCAGUACUCCGACAAGACCUCCCGGCGCACAACCCGCUCUCUCGACCUCGUCGAGCGCCAACAAACGCACGCCGCCCUCGCUCGCAUCACCCCCGCCGAAUUCUGGGAACGGAUCGGAUUCCGCGGAGAGUGCGCAUUCGACGUGACUGGUUUCUUCUCCCUCGGCGUCUCUUCCCCUUCCCCUUCCGUCCCUGCGGUCCCUGCCACUGCCACUCAGACGUCGGCCGAUCCCGCGCCAGCACCAGGCCACCUCUCGCCCGCCAUCGUCACCCGAAUGCAAGCGGCCCUGAUGAAUACCGACUUCCACGACCUACCGAACGCGCUCGAAGGUUCAGAAGCCUGGCUGGUCAGCGUGGCGCAGAUUGUAGGCGGGGAGACUGGGGAGGAGGCGAUGGUGCAGCACGUGGAGGGAGUUGUGGAGGCCAAGACGGCGGCUGAGGUCGAGGCGAUUUCGGGAUCGGGGGGGAAGAGGGGAAGGGUGGAGGAGGUGGUUACGAUGUUGCAGCCGAGGAAGAAGAAGAAGGCGUAG